AUAAUAUGAGACUGUGCUAAUGGCAGUAAUGAUGCACCAGGAAUAGUCACCUCCUAAAAUAGAGCAGGGGAUGGGUGCCAUCAAAUUAACUCCAUGUAAAGGUCCUUUGUUUGUGGUGUGCAUGUUGGUGCUUGUGCAGAUCGGUGUCUGUGUGAGCAUGAGGGGUCGGAGAUCCUUUAUCGAGCUCGCAAAGUACUCAGGAAAACAAGAUUGUGCCCAAAUCUGUUAUGAAGCUGAGAAAUGUUAGUUUGUUUUUGUUGUAAUUUCAGUAUCAAGUGAGGGAAUGAGCAACUUAUGAUUCUUUUCUUUGUUUUUUGUUGUUAACUGUAGGCAGUUACUUGAAAAAAAAAAUAACAAAAGUUUUAUAUUUACAGCAAAAGCUACUUUUUUUGGUGUUUUCUCAUUUAAUAAAAUAAAAUGGUAAAAUAAUGUAAUAACAAUUAUCAAAGAGUCAAAACACAGCUACAUUCCACUUUGUAAAUGUAAGUUUGCAUGCAGCGAGGCUCAUUAUAAACCAAAAUCUGUUAAUAAUUUUUUUUUUUUUUUUUUUUUUUUUAUCAUAACAUGAAGAACAUGAGUUUCAGAGGAAGGCUUCCUUGGAAGUCUUGCAUCCCAGCCGCGGGACGCUGGGAAUGUCUGGGAUGUGAUUGGUCGCUCGUGCAGCCUCCUGGAUGGCGCAUAUAAAAGCCCAAAUCCAGCGGAGGCUGCGGAGCUCAGUCCGAGCGGAGCCGCUGCUGCGCGCACCGUCCAAUUUACCCGCGGGAGCGCGCAUAAAUCAACAGCGAAGAAAUAAAUAAACAAAUAAUCAAAAAAAAAAAAAAAAGAAAAACGCGUGGGAUUGGAGGAAUUUUACUGGAUUAUUUCUAAUUUAUCUUGAAAACGCAUUUCCACAUCGCAGCUCGGACUGAUAAACAUACCCUCCACUUCAGACCAGAAGCAACACCAUCCUGUAAGCGUGAGGAUGAGGGCCAGUGUGCUGCUGUGCGUCUUCAUGGUCAUGGAGGUCGGAGCCUCCCGCUUAGUCCGCGACUCCCAGAGUGGGCCCGAAGCUUUAGAAGUCUCAGAGACCAAUUCCUCAGUCCAGCUUCCGCUCCCCCAGCCUGGUCGCCCGAGGGGCCCCUUCCCCCCCAUGUGCGUCAAGCCUACGGAAAUUAAGGACGCCUUUAAGUAUGUGAACACCAUCAUCUCCUGCCUGAUCUUUGUGGUGGGCAUCAUUGGCAACUCCACGCUGCUGAGGAUCAUUUACAGGAACAAGUGUAUGAGGAACGGACCCAAUGUGUUGAUUGGCAGUUUGGCUCUUGGAGAUUUGCUUUAUAUCAUCAUCGCCAUCCCAAUAAACGUCUAUAAGUUAAUAGCUGAAGACUGGCCAUUCGGUGUGUAUAUUUGUAAGCUGAUGCCGUUCAUCCAGAAAGCCUCCGUGGGAAUCACCGUCCUCAGCCUGUGUGCGCUCAGCAUUGACCGCUACCACGCAGUGACUUCAUGGAGCCGGGUGAAGGGGAUGGGGAUUCCUCUGUGGAAAGCGGUGGAAGUGACACUGAUUUGGCUGGUUGCCGUGGUGCUGGCGGUUCCAGAAGCGCUGGCGUUUGACAUGAUGGAGAUGCCCUACAGAGGAAACAAGCUGCGCAUUUGCCUGUUGCACCCAGAGCAGCCAACCAGCUUUAUGAAGUUUUACCGGGAAGCCAAAGAUUGGUGGCUGUUUGGCUUCUAUUUCUGCCUCCCCCUGGCCUGUACGGGAAUCUUCUACACACUCAUGACCUGUGAGAUGCUCAGUCGCAAAAAGGGCAUGCGCAUCGCCCUCAACGACCACAUGAAGCAGAGGAGAGAAGUGGCGAAGACGGUGUUCUGCCUGGUGCUGAUUUUUGCAUUCUGCUGGCUGCCCCUUCAUCUCAGUCGAAUUCUGAAGAAAACAGUCUACGAUGAGAACGACCCCAACCGCUGUGAGCUGCUCAGCUUCCUGCUAAUGAUGGAUUACAUUGGCAUCAACAUGGCCUCUCUAAACUCCUGCAUUAACCCAAUUGCCCUCUACUUUGUCAGCCAGAAGUUUAAAAACUGUUUCCAGUCCUGCCUGUGCUGCUGGUGCUACAGAACCUCCCCUCUGGAUGAGCGGGGCUCAGGAGGACGCUGGAAGGGCUCCUGCCAAGUGAACGGCCUGGACCGCACCAGCUCGCGCUCCAGUCAGAAAUACACCAGCUCAUCCUAAGCCUACUUGGACAAUCGAUCCAUCAAAGCAACUUUUCUGUCAGCUUCCGACACAGAGAGGCAGCGGUGUCACCAAACAGACCAACAAUCAGGGUAAACAGGGCGGAAACAGACGAUUCACCUCAGAAGAACCGACUCUGAGAUCAACCCAGCAUGUAAAAAGUAACAGGAAUGUUCCUGUUCAGGCUGCAAUGCAAAAACUACAUAAAAGUGACACUUUAUAAUUGUGUUAAUACUCUAAAACAGAGGUCUGUGUGGACCUUACAGCUCCAAGAUGACCAGGAAAGCCAAUAAUUGUAAAUACUCUUAAACCACUUGUAAAUGUUUGUGUACAGUAUGAUGUAGACUGUAAACUUUUACUCUUUUUUCAAGCACCAAUCAGUAGCCACUACCUGCUGAAGCUUCAAUACCUCAUGAUGGAGAUGGUGGUCUCUAAACCGGAACAUCCGAGAUCGGUUUCUGAGUCUUUGACAGUGAGCUGCAUGUGGUCCUUCCUCCUCAUUCAUAUACAGUCACUGUCACACACCUGUCCAACUGUUUGUUGAUGGAAAUUUCCAAUCAGCCAAUCACAUUGCAAUUCAGUGCUUUUAGGCGAGGAAUGUUUCUAGUUCUGGAGGCAAAAGGGGGUCCAACCAGUUCUAGCAAGGUGUACCUGAUAGAGUGGACAGUGAGUGUAUAUAUGUCAUGUGGACGGCUGCAUGCUGGAGUCUUUUAUUAUAUGAAUCAUUGCUUUAGGAAAUGCAGGGGAAGCUUGUUUUCAGGAUCACAUAUGAAGUCCUUACUCACAAAGUAGUAUCUGGUAUAGAGCAAAGAACAGCAUCCAACAUCAAGUAUCUGCAUGUGUUUUUUUUUUUUCUGUAGCUA